GAGAAGGAAAAGAGUGAGCAACAUGUCCAUGGCAUGGCCUAACCAAAUCAUCGCUAACCUCUUUCUCCAUUAAGUACCACCACAAGCACUGGUCAACGGUCAACAUUCGAACAAAUACUGCAGGCGUGUGUCCACGAACCCCCAACCUAAACCUCCCGGUUCGUCUCCUACAUAUACACGAGACCUCGGUAGAGCUUCACCCAUGCACCGCCGGCGCCGGCCAAGAAGACAUUAAGUACAGAUAGCCGCCAAUGGACGAUCGCCGCCGCGCCUUCGCCGCCGCCCCGGCGCUCUGCUUCUUCAUCUUCUUCUUCACCCACGGCGUGAAACACACAUCCGCCGGGCGGCCGCUAGCAACAACUACGGCAGCUCCGGAGACAGCAUCGAUGGAAGUGCCUACGUCGUCGUCUUCAUCGGCACCGGCGCCGGAGGGGUCAUCGCCGGCGGCCACGUGGCAGCGCGGCGGGGGUGACGAGGGGAAGUGGCUGCCGCUGCCCGUGGCUACCGCGCUCGCCGGCGGCCUGCGCUUCCCCGGCGUGCUCCCGCUCCCCGCGUCGUCGUCGUCGCCGUCCUUGCCAUGGCUCUUCCCCGGCGCCGGCGGCGGUGGCGCGCCGCCCGCCGCGGGGGUGUUCGCUGGGCCGGGGAUGGGGAUGCCUGCUGGCCUGGUGCCGCCGUACGUGGGCGCGACGAGGCAGGAGCAGCUGAGCGUCUGGGCCUCGCUCUUCAACCCGUUCCAGGUCCGGCCCAGGCUGCCCGCCGCCGAGGCCUCCUCAUCGACGACGGCAUCCACGGUGCCCGCCGUCGCCAGCGGCGGCGUGCAGAGGACGACGACGGUGGAUGAGCCCGCCGGCGCCCAGCCCAAGUGGGGCGUCUUCUUGGGAACCACGACUCAGAACAACAAUGGCUGAUUAGCUAAUAUACAUCUCUCUCAUGCCGCCGUAUGCACGUGGCUGGAAAAAAAAAUGCAGUAGUAUUACGAAGUAGAUUAUAGAGAAAAAGGAAUGAGGUUUUUGGAGUGGUAAUCCUUGAUAUUUAUAGUAUUGUACUUCUUUUUGAUGAUAUACAUACAUUCAUGUGUGCACUUUUGCAUGCAUAAAUGAAGUGUUUCUGGAGAAGAAGAUCGAAAUGGAUGUUGUAAUGCUAGAACUAAAUGCAGCGCUCAAUCAAUUGAGGACACAGACUAAGUUAAUUUGA